AUGCGAGGGGAAUGGAACACCAAGGCGGUGCGGGAUGGACUGGAUGCCAUCUUGUGCCAUGCAGAGGCGGUUUACCAGGCCAACAUGGCCAACAGAAAGGCGUCUUUAGGGGGCCACCUACAGCCCAUGCUGAAGGAUUUCCACCACAUGCGCAUGCGCGUGCUCCCCUUCCCUCUCCCUCUUCUCUUCUUCCCACAAAUCUCCCUCUCUCACCACCUUCAGGCCAACAUGGCCAACCGAAAGGCCAACAUGGCCAACAGAAAGGCGUCUUUAGGGGGCCAUUUACAACCCAUGCUGAAGGAUUUCCACCACAUGCGCAUGCGCGUGCUCAUUCCCACGUACCCCUGCCCCUAUGAGGAGAGGGUGGGGGCGUGGGGCGUGGGAGGGAAGUGGGUAUGCCUGAUUCCAACUGCAGUUCAAGCCAAGCCAGUUGUCUACAGUGUGGGCAGCGACGAGGAGUACUCUUUUGAAGAGUCAAUGUUCCGCCACUACCGCUCGCAGCCCUACACGCUCGACCCCUUCCUCUCCCCGCAAGCCCAGGCGCGCAUGCAGCUGCUGCGCUUCCUGCACUUUCACUCGCUGGGGCUGGCUGGGAAAGCAUCGUUAGGCGACUACCAAAAAUGGAACCCGAAUGUGACUUUCCGCACGCUGCCUGAAUUGAUGCAGGAUCUCAACCACACAUACGUCGACAUUCUGAAGCUCAGCUGUGGGGGUUGUGAGGAGGAGGUGAUAUUUGAUGUGUAUGAGGGCAGUGUGAAUGGGACUGCAGGGGGAGCAGGGAGGGGAAUGCGGGAGAAGGUAGAUCAGUUCCGUGGCAGUGGUAGUGGGGGAGUGAGGAACUAUGAGGAGGGGAGGGAAGAUGCAGUGGACCCUUCUGUUGGUGCUCGACUGGCCAUCAACGGAGGGAAGCUUCCUUUUGGACAACUCGUUGUCGACUUUCAUGAGUAA